AUGCCGGCUGGGCAUGCACAUACUCGCUACGUGAAUAUGCUUUUGGCACUUGAUGACAUUCCGCAAAUGUUCAACAUAAUGGCAUCUUUCUUCACAUGGAUCCUGCUUGCAGGAUUUGUCUUAUUCCCCGGAACAUUUACAUCUUUGCAACAGCAACAACUCAGCGGCGUGGAAGCACAAGUGCUGAAUGUAGUUUCUAAUAUAUCACUUUAUGUCAUCGCGUGGAUUUGUACCGGUAUUGGCAGCAUCGGUAUGAUUUGGUUGUGGUGGAGAUGGCAAAAAAAUUAUAUCUGGAUUGUGAAUCGUAUAUUUGUGCCUGGCCUACUCAAUUCGCUCGCUGGUCUUAUCUCUGUACUUUCCAAUAUCUAUGGUGUACAGCAUGGAACCUAUGUCAUCACAAGCACGUCGUCGAUCAUUGUAACAGCUGGGGUUGCAGGCGUAUGUGGAUGCCUUGUUCUUCUGUAUUAUUUUUGGUUGCUACGCAAUAUCAAGAAAGAACACGACAGAGAAGUUGGUGUAGAGGGUGCUGGAGAGCAUGGCGAAGGCGUUUUAAGGAACGAGAGGAAGUAG